AUGAGUUUUGCUCUCAUCAAAGCAAGACUUUUCUUAGAAGAUCUUGAAGAUCGGGAUUCGAUACGAUGUCAGGAUAGAGGGGUUCUGGAAGGGAAACUGUGGCGAUUUGUUUCCUUAAUACUGGAAAAGUGUGAAACAUCAGUUGGGAAUUUUGGCUUCAAUUUUCGGAUUUUCUGGAUCAUAAACAGAGAUUUUGACAUUAAGGCUACAGAUAUAUGGCGUGACGGAAGGGAGUAUUGGCCUCUCAGUAUAAAGACCAGUGUACUACACUGGUGCAGAUUCAUCGAAAAAGUCCCAAUACACGUUAUUUUCCGGAUUUUGACCUCUUGUUUACUGGUGGUGAUACUGUAUCAGAGUCAACUUGUGGGGACGAAUGGUGAGGUAACAGAGGAGAGAAGGGUUAUUCGAAGGUGCAAAGAAAGUUUAGUAGGCGCCUUGUGUUGUAUGAAUGUAAGGCUGUGUGCUUGGAUCUCUCGGGAAGUGGGUUUAAUGGCACUAAAACUAGUCUUCCUUCAUCAGCGGCAGCUCCCAGGUUUGAGUACAAAGGUUUUUAGGAAUAUGGUUUAUAGAUUAAACGAUUGGACACCGUUUAGAAAAUGUAGAGAGUUAGUUACUACAACGAGAAUAUGGCUGUUGUGGUCACAUGUUAGGCUUAGGAGGAGGUUUUGUUUAAUUACUUCUCAGACGAUCUUGUCUACGAAGGCAUGGUUAAGGAAGAAUUUUAUUUUUUUGGUUUUCUGGCUCCAGAUUCAAUGUUUGCAGGGAUGGUGGUGUUACUGGUUAAAUUUAUUUACUGCAGAUACAGCGGAGCUAUGGAAUGUGUGUUGGGAUCAGUUUUGUAUGGUGGAGAUUCCGCGGCUCAUAAAAGUUAAAAUUCUAAGUGUGGUCUCUUUAAACCAGGCUACAAGAAGAAAAUUGGAAACAAUGAAAGUUUUCAGAUGGGUACAAGGGUACACUACUGAGGUUCCCGGGGAGAUAUUUGGCAAACAAGACUGGAGUAUACAAUUUCUCGCAAGGAAGGAGGAGGUUUUCAAGAGGGUAUGGUACUCGGGGCUGAUAUGCUCUCUCAAAUGGGGAGAUGGAGAUCGCUGGGAUUUUGGGCCUAUAUGUUUGUAUAGAACCCGUUAG